GGUAUAGUUUGACGGAAUAAUAUUUUACGAAAAAUGAAUACUAAGAGUAUUUCAGUGAAAAUUAUUACUACAGUAUUAUUUAUUUUACAACAAACUUAUUUCUGUUACGCAGAUUGUGACAACUUAGACUCUCAAGAAAAUAGCAUCAUCACAAACAUAAUUCCAGCUUGCGUUUUUGGGGUUGAAUCUGUAUCGUAUUUUUUAUAUACGAGAAAUAAACCUUAUGGAGAGGAGGUUCGUAUGAACGAUGAAUAUAUACCUAUACACAUUAACAAGAAAGUCGCAUUUCUUAUACAUGGUUUUAUUUCUGAAGCUAAUAAUUCGAAUUACUUCGACUUUACCGUUAAAUUAGUACAAGAAUAUGGAGUAAAAGUGAACGAAAUUGUGGUUGUCGGGCACAGCCUUGGUGCCCACGUAGCUGGAUUUUCUGGGAAAAGUGUACAAGAUGUAUUUAAGCAAAAAUACAAGCAGAUUAUUGGUCUCGAUCCUGCAGGGCCUAAAUUUGCGAAUAAAGAUUGUGCUAACCGACUUUGUAAAUCAGACGCCGCGUUUGUACAAAUAUUUCACACAUCGUAUUUGGCGGGAAUACACGAUGCAAUUGGUGUUGAUGAUUUUUAUUUUAAUGGUGGUAACUCACAACCCGGAUGUAUAUUUACAGUUUGUUCUCACAGUAGGGCCGUAAUGUAUCUUACGAUGACUUUCCUAUAUUCACCAUGUUUUAUAGGAACUUUCUGGGAAGUCGGAUAUGAGUCAAUUUUAAAUUGGAAAGAAUGUAAUCCAACUGUUUGCUCGCAUCCUGGAUUAGAUACACCUGAAGAAAUCGCCACAGGAACGUUCUACGUAAUGACAAAGUAUACAGAACCAUAUUGUACUUUAUAA